UACGAAUAUCUUCCCAAGUCGGGGUUCGGGUACUUUUAGGCUAGCAAGGGUAGGUGACUAAAUGGUCGACGAAAGGAUCUAACACGAUCCAAGAGAAAAUGCACCACCGUCAACACGUUUUCCUCACCUUCACCCCCCGUUCCAUAGGACAGCCAUCCUACCUAUAUACAUCCUUCAGCAGACGCAAAGUCACUUGACCCAAGAAUCAUGUCACGGCCAUUUCAAAAGGUAAUUGUCGUGGGAGCCGGCCCCUCGGGUCUACUGCUUGCGCUGCUCCUUUCUAAACAUGGGAUCCCCGUGGAAAUCCUAGAAGCCUCGCACGAGCUAGACAAGCAGCCCCGAGCCGCUAUUUAUGGUCCUCCCGCAAUCCCGGAUUUAAGGCGUGCCGGUGUGAUCGACCAGAUCCGCGAGAAGGGCAUAAGUCCAACGUCGAUGUGCUGGCGGCGCUUUGAGGACCACAGCUGGAUCACCGGCAUGGACGCCGCUGCGCUAGCUGACUACAACGGCGAGGACCUGCGCAUUGCGUGUCUAGUAUUGGACCAACUAGACCAGUUGAUGCUCGAUGAGUUUCUGUCCAAGUACGACGGCAAGAUCAGCUGGAACCAUAAGGUCACAGGAACGGGCCAGGAUGACAAGCAAGCCUGGGCCGACGUCGAGACCCCAGAGGGCACGAAGAAGAUUUACGGCGACUACGUCGUCGGAUGCGAUGGUGCGGGAAGCCAAGUGAGGAAGUCCCUCUUCGGAGACGAGUACCCUGGUUUUACCUGGGAGAGGCAGAUCGUAGCGACAAAUGUCUACUACGACUUCUCAAAGUUCGGAUUCAGAGACUCCAAUUUCAUCUUACAUCCUGAUCAUUUCUACAUGGCAGCGAAGCUCACCGAAGACGGGCUCUAUAGAGUAACCUAUGGUGAAUCACCCGGCCUAACCUGGGAGCAAAUGCGCGAGCGUCAGCCGUGGAAGUACGAGAUAAUGCUGCCGGGGCACCCAAAGCCAGACCAGUACAAUCUCGUCACCAUAUCGCCGUACAAGAUGCACCAGCGAUGCGCGCCGUCCUUCCGCGUAGGCCGGAUCCUAUUGGCGGCCGACGCAGCACACCUGUGUAACCCGUGGGGUGGCAUGGGAAUCACAGGCGGAUUCGUAGACGUAGGCGGGUUAUACGACUGCCUAGCGGGAAUUUGGGAUGGCAAGGCAGAUGAGUCGAUCCUGGACUUGUACAGCGAGAAGCGUAUCGAGAAGUGGAAGACGGUAAUCGACCCUAUUUCCCAGAGCAACUUCCGCCGCGUGUCGGACAGCGAUCCGGAUACCCUUCUGGAGCGCGAUCCCGUCAUGAAGGCGUGUAAAGACGCCGAGGAUGACCUUGAGAAGCAGAAGGAGAUGUACCUAAAUUUCUUCGACGUGCGAUACGACUUUACGCAGCAUUACAAGACGGCUUGAUGAGGUAUAGAGAUGGCGCGUUGGGGGUAUAUACAUGUUGUGCUAUUGGUGUGUUAAAUAUAUCUGCCUCUUCAUUUUAGACUGUUUAGAGUAACUACAUCAAAUUUCAUUUUAUAAUUAUGAGUGUUUAGACCUAUUGUAGUCCAACAGUGUUGAUUUUAACCCAUUUAUAUCCUCAUGUUAUUAUACCAUUAGUGCUCGCUGUGAACCUGAAUAUAACAUGCCACAUUG